CGGGGUCGGGACCGAGGGUGGGCACGGCGCUCCUGGAAGGGCUGCCUCUUUCGCUGAAGGUGGUGAACCCCCCGCAGGCAGGGUCCCUGGCUCCAGGCGCCCCGAGAUCUGCUCUCCCCGCCCCCCCCCCGCCAAUGCUCCCGUGCCUCCCUCCCCGAAGAGUGCUCCUCCUGGUCCGCGGGUCGUGUCUCCUCCUCCCCACCCCUGCCCGGGGUUGAGCUCCGCUCCCGGCCCCCGCAGGUCCCGCCCCCCGCCCCUAUGACCAACAUGAGCUGGAGCUUCCUGACGCGGCUGCUGGAGGAGAUCCACAACCACUCCACGUUCGUGGGCAAGGUGUGGCUCACCGUGCUGGUGGUCUUCCGCAUCGUGCUCACGGCCGUGGGCGGAGAGUCCAUCUACUCAGACGAGCAGACCAAAUUCACGUGCAACACGCGGCAGCCGGGCUGCGACAACGUUUGUUACGACGCCUUCGCGCCCCUGUCCCACGUGCGCUUCUGGGUCUUCCAGAUCGUCGUCAUUUCCACGCCCUCCGUCAUGUACCUGGGCUACGCCGUGCACCGCCUGGCCCGCGCCUCGGAGGAGGAGCGCCGCCGCGCGCCCCGCCGCCGCCCCGGCCCCGGCCGCCGCCCGGCCCGCGCGCCCCUGCCGCUGCCCCCGCCUCCGCCGCACCCCGGCUGGCCCGAGCCCGCCGGCCUGGGCGAGGAGGAGCCCAUGCUCGGCCCGGGCGACGAGGAGGACGAGGAGUCGGCGGUGGCCGACGGCCUGGGCGAGGAGGCCGAGGCCGAGGGCGCGGGCGAGGCCAAGGGCGCGGGCGGGGACGGCACGGCGGCGGGGGCCCCGGGGCCCGCGGCGCAGCACGACGGGCGGCGGCGCAUCCAGCGCGAGGGCCUGAUGCGCGUGUACGUGGCGCAGCUGGUGGCGCGGGCCGCCUUCGAGGUGGCCUUCCUCGUGGGCCAGUACCUGCUGUACGGCUUCGAGGUGCGGCCCUUCUUCCGCUGCAGCCGCCCCCCCUGCCCGCACGUGGUCGACUGCUUCGUGUCGCGGCCCACCGAGAAGACCAUCUUCCUGCUGGUCAUGUACGUGGUCAGCUGCCUCUGCCUACUGCUCAACCUCUGCGAGAUGGCGCACCUGGGCCUGGGCAGCGCGCAGGACGCGGUGCGCGCCCGCCGGCCUCCGCCCGCCGCCCCGGGCCCCGCGCCGCGCCCGCCGCCCCGCACGCUGCCCGCCGCGCCCGCCGGCCUGGCGGGCCCGCCCGACUACAGCCUGGUGGUGCGCGCGGCCGAGCGCGCGCGCUCCCACGACCACGACCUGGCCAGCCUGGCGCUGCAGGCGCUGCGGGACCGGCACGCGCUGGGAGACCGCGACAGCCCGCCGUGCCCCGGCCUCCCCGCGGCCGCGCGGGGGCCCCCGCGGGCCGGCGCCCCCGCCUCCGGCUCGGGCAGCGCCACGUCGGGGGGCACGGGCACGGGCGGGGGCCAGGCCAGGCCGGGCGCCAAGCCCAGGGCGGGCUCGGAGAAGGGCAGCGCGAGCAGCAGGGAGGGGAAGACCACCGUGUGGAUCUGAUGGCCUGCCCCUGAUGUUGUCUGUCCUCCCUCCAGGCCAGGGCUGGGGCGGGGGGCUCGGGGAAGGCCAGGGGCUGGACGCGCAGGAGCCGGAGCACAGCCUGCCCUCUUCUUCCUCCGCCUCUUCGUCGGCUACGCGCGCACUCGGGAGGGGCGGGAGGCGGGGAGGCACGGCCUGCAUCGCCUGCUCAGCACCUGGCCCUCCCUGCGUGAGCCCCGCUCUGUCCAGGGUAGGACCUGCAAGGGUCCCCAGCUCGGAUCCCUAAACCCACAAGAUGCGGUUGGGACUGUGGCUGGGGCCGUGUUCCUCCCACCCCCAGGGCCACCGCGAGCCUCACCUGUGGGGGUGCUUGGCCCUUUCCUCUGAGCCUCUCUUGGCUCUCUGGCUCGCGGCGCUGCCUCAGGGCGGGGGCUCUCCUCCCCUGCUGCCCUGCAGCAGCUCAUGUACGUCACCCAGAGGUGCCUGGCCUGGGGUAUUGGGGGCACGGUGCUGGCUCCCUACUCCCUGCAGCAGCAAAUGGGGCUCCUUCCCCACACCCCCACCCCAACCCCACUUCCUGUUUCCUGCAGAGCUGGAAGCAAUCCUAGGUCUUUCUUGUACACAAGGGGAAACGGAGGUUGGAUGGGCCUGGCCCCUGCUGGGCCCCAGAGGGGGAGCUGCCGCAUCCUCUUCUGGGGAGUGUGGGGCAGGCCUGGACCGCGCUCUCAGUUCCCCACCUAGACAGCUGGACAGAGGCCCUGAGGUGGACAGACCACACCCUCUGGAGCUUCUGCACUGGUGUGGUGGGGCCCCCUCCCCUGGGACAUACUGGCAGUCCCGCAACGGUGUUGGCCCACCUUUUGCCGGGUCCUGCUCAGGGCUUGGGUGUUGGCCAUUCUGGGGGAAGGGGUUCUGGGGCUCCUACCUACCCCUUCUCUGCCCUCCGGCCCCCUCCCUAAUUCAAACACAGGCUCCAAAACAAAGGAAGCAAAAUAAAACUAACUUUUGUUUACAACUGCGUGUGCGGGUGCACGUGGGGCAUGCACACGUGUGUAGAGUAUGCACGGGUGUGUGAGUGUGCAUGCGUGUGUAUAUGUACGUGUGAUGUGCGCGCUCACACGUGAUUAUGCAUGCGUCCGCACACACACGUGUGUGUGUGUGUGUGUGUGUGUGUGUGUACCACUGCCCUCCAGGGACACGUGGCUCAGCUCUGCGCUGGCUGAGAGAAGCAAGGCUGAGGCCACGUGGGUGCCUUUCUGUGCCAGGCAGCGGGCAAGGCGGGGGGGCCCAGGCGAACACACAGACGGUGAGAACAAAGA